AAAGAAGAUGCAGCAGAUAAGUUCAAAAAUAAGGUAAAUCUGGCGGUAUAUAUUGAAGCACAGUGCGGCGACACCUCACGAUUCGUCCACCGGCAGCUGCUACCAACAUGGGAAAAGCUCUCGGUCACAAACAGGAUUUCGUUGAAAAUUGUUCCAUUUGGCAAAGCGACGUGCCAACCGACUGGCGAUGACUACAGCUGUGAAUGUCAACAUGGGCAAUCAGAAUGCGAACUGAAUCAGCUUAUGAACUGCGUGAUUGACAUGGUCCCUGACCCACACAGCCAUGUGCCGACUAUAUCCUGCAUCCAGGGGAAGCGGGAUCUUUUAUCUGCUGGAUCAAAAUGUCUGGGCAAGCUCCGUAUUCCAACCAAAAAGUAA